AUGUUGAUUGAAAUGAAAUCACUAAAUCAGGUCAGUACCGUGCCAGGGUUUCUCAUAGUUUUGGGGUGUUUGAUCUUAGCCGUCCUAACAACUUUCAAAGAAUACGAGACUGUUUCAGGAGACUGGCUGCUGCUGUUGGAGACAUUCGCCAUCUUCAUCUUUGGAGCAGAGUUUGCCUUAAGAAUCUGGGCUGCUGGCUGUUGCUGUCGGUACAAAGGAUGGAGGGGGAGACUCAAAUUUGCCAGGAAGCCUUUGUGUAUGCUGGAUAUCUUUGUGUUGAUUGCCUCGGUACCAGUGGUAGCUGUUGGAAACCAAGGCAAUGUUCUGGCUACAUCCCUCAGAAGUCUGCGCUUCCUUCAGAUUCUCCGGAUGCUCCGAAUGGACAGAAGGGGUGGCACGUGGAAGCUUUUGGGAUCAGCCAUUUGUGCACAUAGCAAAGAACUCAUCACUGCCUGGUACAUUGGGUUCCUGACACUUAUCCUCUCCUCAUUUCUUGUUUAUCUGGUUGAAAAAGAUGUGCCUGAAAAGGAUGCUAAUGGAGUUGAGAUGAAAGAAGAGUUUGAAACGUAUGCAGAUGCACUGUGGUGGGGGCUAAUUACGCUAGCUACAAUUGGCUACGGUGACAAGACCCCCAAAACGUGGGAGGGACGGCUAAUAGCAGCCACGUUCUCUCUCAUUGGAGUUUCAUUUUUUGCUCUUCCAGCUGGCAUCCUGGGUUCAGGGCUGGCUCUUAAAGUCCAAGAACAACAUCGGCAGAAACAUUUUGAGAAAAGAAGAAAGCCAGCAGCAGAACUUAUACAGGCUGCCUGGAGAUACUAUGCUACUAACCCUAACAGGAUUGAUUUAGUCGCUACCUGGAGGUUUUAUGAAUCAGUUGUAUCGUUUCCAUUUUUCAGAAAGGAGCAAUUGGAUGGCACUGCGAGCCAAAAGCUGGGUCUCUUGGAUCGGGUUCGUGGUACCAAUACUAAAGGAAAGCUAUUUACCCCUCUGAAUGUAGAUGCCAUUGAAGAAAGUCCUUCUAAAGAGCCUAAGAAUGUGGGCUUGAAUAAUAAGGAACGUUUCCGCACUGCAUUCCGAAUGAAAGCAUACGCUUUUUGGCAAAGCUCAGAAGAGGCAGGAACGGGGGACCCCAUGCAAGAAGAUAGGGGUGACAGUAAUGAAUUCCUCAUGGAAGAUAUGAUCCCCACUUUGAAAACAGUUAUCCGAGCUGUCAGAAUACUACAAUUUCGUCUCUACAAAAAAAAAUUCAAGGAAACUUUGAGGCCUUAUGAUGUAAAGGAUGUGAUAGAGCAAUAUUCAGCAGGGCACCUUGACAUGCUUUCCAGAAUAAAAUACCUUCAGACAAGAGUAGAUAUGAUUUUUACACCUGGACCACCAUCUACUCCCAAGCAUAAGAAAUCCCAAAAAGGAGGAGCUUUUUCUUACCCUUCACAACAGUCUCCCAGAAAUGAUCCAUAUGUAGCCAAAGCAUCCACAGUAGAUACUGAAGACCAAAGCAUGAUGGGCAAAUUUGUUAAAGUUGAAAGACGGGUUCACGACAUGGGGAAGAAACUGGAUUUUCUAGUAGACAUGCACAUGCAUCAUAUGGAGCAGCUGCAAGUCCAGGUCACUGAGUUAACGCCAUUGAAAGAGGCCAUCUCUCCAGCAGAGAAGAAAGAGGAAAACAGAUAUUCUGAAUUGAAAAGCAUCCUUUACAAAUACACUGAGCCUUGCACUCAAGAAACUCCUUAUACUUUCCACCAGGUUCCAGUAAACAAAGUCAGCCCGUAUGGUUUCUUAGCACAGGAUCCGAUGAAUUAUUCGCGGUCUUUGUCAUUACGGGGACAGAACUCUGGGAGAUCGCAAGCCACCCCCUCUUCAACGUCACAUGCAGAGAGGCCAACAGUUUUGCCUAUACUCACAUUGAUGGACUCCCAGGUUAGCUACCCGUCCCCAGGAGACCAGCAGAGCCCCUACUCAGAUAGGAUUUCUCCGAGGCAGAAAAGGAGCUUGACAAGAGACAGUGACACCCCGUUAUCCCUUCUCUCAGUCAACCAUGAAGAGCUCGAACGGUCACCAAGCGGCUUCAGUAUCUCCCAAGACAAAGACGACUUCCUUUUUGGUCCAAAUGGGGGAUCAGCAUGGAUGCGAGAGAAACGCUAUCUAGCCGAGGGCGAGACGGACACAGAUACUGACCCUUUUACACCAAGUGGCUCCAUGCCUCUGUCUUCAACAGGGGAUGGGAUUUCAGAUUCAAUAUGGACCCCUUCAAACAAGCCGGUUUAAGAGAGGGGAGGGGUCACUGGUCGACUUCUCCGUGUAAUGUAAACACACUUUGUACAUCUCACCUACUAUACACCCAAAGCUUACUUGUUCAAAGCACCAAUGGCUGCAUAAGAUGCAUGUGAUAUUAGUGGUAGUCAUUCUGCACCAUUUCAUACAAUUUACUAAUGCAGUUUUUUUCAUGCUACCAAAACUAAAGAGUUUAGUUUUGAGCAUGGUUUGCAUGACGUUACCCUAUAUAAAUGGUACAGGUAAGUUCUUCUCUGAUACAUAUCUAUCUGAUGUUCUUCAAUAUAAUGAUGGUCAGAUCAAUGACAGGUGAGAUGUGAUGGUUCAAGCUACUUUUUAUAAACAGAGCAACAAAGUAAAAAUCGUUUCAGGAGCAAAGUUCCUUUGUGAGAAGGAAAAAUCUAAAUUGUCUUCUCUCUGGCACCACCGUUAUUUCCAAUGCUAGUGAAUCAUUUUCCACCCAAAUUAGACAAAAGCAUCUGCAAUUUCAAGUAGGGGAAAGUUGGAAUCAAAAUUUGUGAUCUCUAUUACAUGAUUUCUCCUGUCACCUCUAAUGCCAAUCUUACUGUAUCAAAUACAGUGUAAAAUAGAAAUGAGGGGUAAAAUUUGUGAUUUUCAAAACCACUUGGGGGAACUAGAUACCUGUUUCUUUAAUACCACAUAUCAACAUAAAUCCUCUUGACUACUACUUGGAAAUCUCCGCCACAAGUUAUAUAAUUGCCACCAGUGUGAGUAUAAUCAAUCUUAUUUUAUAGCAAAUUGUUUGCUAAUUCUAUUUAUUUGUAAUGAAACCAAACUUCCCACUGACAUUGAUAAAAAAAACCAAACAAGUGAUCAUGUAGGGGACUCCUGGGUUCUGUUCUUAGUUCUUUUACUAACUCGUUUGAUGUUACGCAAGUCACGUAUCGGUGCCUCAGUUUCCCAAUCUGUAAAAUGGGAAUUAUACUUCCCUACCUCACAUGGGGGUUGUGAGGCUCAAUUCACUUAUGUUUCAUACAGCGCGUUGAGAGCCUCAGAUGAAAGGCACAUUAGGAAUGCAAGUGUUGCUAUGCGGUGCUGUCCGGUGGGACUUCUACCUGCAGGGUGUUGGCAGGACACAGCCUAGUAGUCCUAGCGCAAACGGAGCCAUCUAAAUAAAUGUACGUCAGACAUACUUCAGGCCAGGUUUGUGGACCCAGCCCAGAUCAAUACAGAUGAACCUCCGUUUCACAGCCAUCUUAGAUAACUCUGCUGGGCACUGUAGUUUCUUGCAAGGGAAGUGGGGAAAAAAUCCUUCCCACAAACCCACAGGGCAGCAAUGGAGCUGCUUUUUCAAGCCUGUUUCGUUCUGAUGGAUGGGAUCACCUCUACAAAAGGUAGGAGUAUCCCUACAGAUAACCUAGACCUGGUCUACCCAAACACACCUACCCUGCAGGGGUACAAGAUCUCCUAAAAAACCAAGAUCCAAAUGGCAAAGGGUUUGUGAACCCCAAAUACAGCUGCUCACCCUCCCUGUGUUUUGCCCUUCCUCCUCAUGUUCCAGAGCUAUGCAUGCUCCACGACUUGAAACACAAGGGCAAUAGCAGCAGGAGGUGCUCCUGUGGUAGCUAGGUAUGUUGAGUUUGGAGAAAAGAAGACAGUGAGGACGCAGUAGCAGUUUUCAAAUGUUUGAAAGGCUGCCAUAAAGAAGAACAAAUAUUGUCCCUUGCCACAGAAGUCAGGACAGGAGUGAAUGGGUUUCAUCUGCAGCAAAACACUUGUGUGAAAAUUAAAUGGAAAGAUUUUCAUCUAUGUCCAUGAUUAAUACUAUUGAACUGGUUUGCAGAUGUAUAGAAUUAUUUACAGUAGAAACACACCAGGUUUUCUCGAUGUUCAAAGUACAUGGAUUUCAAUUUGGGUUGUGAAUGCUCAACUUUUCUGAAAACCAGGCCACAUGUUUAGAGAACUGAGCAACCAAAAACUGAGGCAAGCGUAUGGAAAAUUUGCGUCUGAAUGUCUCCACUGACUGCAGAUGGUGAAAUGCACCUCUGUGUCCCCUCCUUUUUCCCACCCCCACCCCAACCUCAUCCUUCUGCAUUGAAGUGCAGGCUUUAAAAGCUACAGUUCAGCUCUAAGCUUGUAUGGUAACAUAAUGUGACAAGUUUUCCAGUAUUAACUCUAGAUAAAUAUUUUGAAAGUUACUAUUUUUUUCAAGUUACGGUAUUCUUUAAAAAAUAGAUUGUGAAAUAGUGUAUAGUAUGCUCAGAAAAAACCAGGGGAGGAAAUAAAAUAAACACUAUUAUUUUAAUGGUACAUUAUAUGAAGGACACACAAAAAGUCAGGGUAAUUGUUUGAUUCAGCCAGUACUAGAUAACUGUAUAAAAAUGCAGCCAUAAAGACUGGGGUGAAAAAUGACUGAUUAUCCCACAAUGUCUGUACUUAAUAGCUGAAUUGCCUUAAAGUGAACAUUUACUACUGGGCUGUGAGCACGGAUUUGCCACAAGUAGCAUCAGGGAAUUUCAGUGAUUCAAAAGUGAAAACAAUGGAUAGGAUCAGAAUUGGGAGCUAUCCUACUACACUGACACAAUGAAAUAUUGAAUGAUGUGCUUCAGGUCAAAUGAGGUUGGGCUGCUUUUCUUAAUUGUUUUAUGUCAAUUAUAUAUAAAUAUCAGCAGGGCACAACUGCUGGGAUCCCCUACAGUCCGCAGAACUGACACUGCUGUCUUACAUAGAAGAGCAAGGAAAAGCCCAAGUUCUGUGUCAUGGGGAACGGUGAGCUCAUUUUAGUGUUUAUGUUGUCUAAGGGUAGAGAAAGACAUUACAAUUGCCUCAUUUUCAAAUGAUCCUGGUAUAAUCUUCCUAGUAUAAAAUGACUAUGUAACUGUUAAAUUCGCUGCUCCUAUAGUGAUACAAGGGUAGCAGAACAGCUGCAACUUUAACCCAGUUUCAUCCAGGAUUGAAAUUCCAGCCAUGUAGCUCACUUGUGACCCUGCCAUCGCAUGCAGGUGUAACCGUUCCAUCCAUUGCUCCCUCCAGAGCAGCAACUAAUUUUUCCUUUUCAAAGUGGCUGGAAGUCAUGUCUCCCUAUAGCAUAGGAUGCCACAAUAACCUGACACAGAUCACUCCUCCCUUUGGAGAAGUCAUCUAUGAAGACGCUCUUUGCAUACAGCAGCAGCUGGGUUGAGAGUGUGGCUACAUCCCUGCUGCUUUUGCAUCCUCAACAUGCAUCUCCCUGCACUCAGCCCCCCAAGAAGGCCUGAAUCAAACCUGAGGGUUGAUCACAUCAUUGCAGAUAUUUUAAAAUAGCAGUUUUGUAGAACACGCGUCAAAAUAAGAAUGAGUCAGUCAGUCAGGAGAAGGAUGCCAUAUGGGGCCUGACAACAUUAUGAUAGCAUAAUUCCCAAAUUAAAUAGGACCAUUUACUCUGAAAACAACAUUCUACCCCAUCCUUAGACCCUUGCUUGAUCUUUAGCCAAGCAAAUUCCUGUUGAAGUUGAUGGGAAUUUGCCUGAGCAAAACCUAAGGAAAAUUUGGAUAAGGAGCUCAGGAAUUGGCCAAGAUGUCGUCCUGUUAUAUUUUAGACUGCACAACUAUCACCCAAUUCUUUCAGGAUACUGUGAACAGGAAAUAGAAGAUAGUGACCUAAUAAUUUAAGAAGAAAUACAGUGGUUUUGUCAGUUGAACCAGAAAUCUGGUUAUUUAUUCAUUGGGCAUAAUAACCCUGGUUAUUUAUUCAUUACUUUUUCCCCUCUGAGAAGAUGUGUAGCCAGCCUUUCUGUAUUUUCCAUGUGUUUCCAUAUGGGACUGAACAAAGAUCCCAAAGCCAUGCAUGCUCAAACAUUCAAACUUGCAUCUUGGGACCAUCUGAAUAUUAAGGCAACUUCAAAGUAGGCUGCAGAAAAACUUCACUACCAUGGCCCAGCUUCUGAGAGGUCAGUGGGGACCUACUUUACUAUCAGUGGGAGUUAAGUAACUAAAUACCUUGGACCUACAUGGAUCUACAUGCUUGCUGACUAUUAUCUAGUAUGUACCUUUUGAGCCAGAUCCUGUAUGGGUAUAAAUCAGCAUCUUUCCAUCAAACUGGGCCCACUCUGGUUUACACGGGUGGAGGAGUUGGCCUUGUGAAUCACAGCAUCCUCCAAAAAUGUGCCUCCAAGUACUACAUAUAAAGUCUGACUUUCUUUUUUAUAGAUGGUCAUUUUUGUGUGUUCCCUGGGGCAUUAACGAUCUACCUGAUUGCUGUGUGUAUGUUAGCAGUGUGUAUAUGUAAACAUGGAAAUCCAUAUGGAGCCUAUACAAGGAAAGGAAUUUGGGAAUCUGCUUCAAAGGCCUGUGAAAAUUUAGACUGACAUAUUGUUUACUAAUUAAUUAUAUCAUUAGACACAGGGCGCAGAUCCACAUUGGACCUACAUUUAAGCAUGCCAGAGCCUAAAACCUAGGGGUGCCUAUACAUGUGCUCAUGGGUGCGUUGGGGGGGGCGUUGGAGCAGUUCCCAGAGAGCCACUCCAAUUAAAAUGAUGCAGUGUCACGUGUAUUAAGCCAUUAGACAUUUUAAAAUAGCCACAGGAUGGUUUAACUGAAGCUAAAAGUUAAAGCACCCCAGUGGCCAUUUUUAAACCCAUGGGGACUUAUACACAUGACGCUGCAGUGACGCUAGAGCGUUCUAAUUAGAACACGGAGCAGACUCGAUUAAUUGAGUCUGCCCCGACGUGUUCUAAUAAGAAUGCAUCAGAGCACGUGUGUAGGCACCCUGUAAGCCUUGGCAUGAAAAGCAAUCACUUUGACCACGUUUAGGCACCCCAUACAGUCAAGGCAAAGGGUCUGGCACUUCCGUUGAUUGAGAAAGUCAGAGAGGCCCUGAGAAGUCAGACACAGCCAGAGAAACAAGAAAGUAGGUUUCAAAUCCCACCCAGGCUGAGGCAAACCUAAAACCCAGGCCUGCCUCUUCCUGUGACUGCUCUGCCCACUAGACGAUGGGGCAAGAGAUUUGAAUGCUGCCACAAUCAUCGCAGUUGAGUUGAGUUCAGCACUGUUGAUGCAAAUUAAGUGUGUGGAGAAUGCCUAAUAGAUCAAGUAUUACCAGGGCCUCCUUAGCAUCAAUCUGGUUCACAACAGGAGUUGCUCAAGCUGGAUCAUUUCUGGGCAGGCUCAGGUAGUAGACAACCUGGGAACUCGGCAUCCAAAAUGGAAGCAUUACUAGUCUAUAGGCACCUACUGGGUUCAUCACCAGUGGAACUGGGUCAAACUGCAUUGCUUCUAGUGACUUUAGGGGCUGAAAACCCACCUAGGUCCUGUUUAGGCGCCUCUGAGAUCAAUCUGGAUGGCAGCCAAGCUUGUAUUCCUUUGACUAUAAUCAAACGAAACUAAUAGCUGCAAUUUGUGCACUUAAGAAAGUGACCUGGUAUUUGGGCAAAAUGAAAUAAAGAUUAUUAGCCUGUUUUAACACAAUACUUUGGAAGUCAGGAUCUGUAUUGUACAAAUGGUUUGCUGCAUGCGCCGGGAAGCAUGGUUCAGCAUUUCAUCUGACGGCAACGUCUAGGUCAACGUUAAUUUUUAUAGUAGGAGUGAGGUGGAUUUAUACCAUCUCGCAUUAGCACAUGGCAUUUCAGUGCUAGCAAUUACAGUAAGGGCAGACCUUCCUAAUGUCUGGGGUGACACUGACUCUUUGUUUACACAUCAUUAACCUUUAAAUAGGAUGAAAUCAUUGUUAAUCUGCUUAAUUUUAAAAGGAUUAAAUUAACUUGACAUAGGAUGAAUGCACUCUUUGCUGACUUAACAACUGCUGGAGAUCAACCAUGUAUUUCAGGGCUGGAAAAUACAUCUUGUGAUGUGAAUGGCAUCCUAGCCCUCUCAUAAUUAGCAAGUACUUAGGCAUUUAUUCUUUGGUCCCUAAAGUCAGUGGCAAAUCUUAUAUUGAUUUUUUUUUAUUUAACUGGGAGCAAAGGCAGGUCCUAACCUUUUUAAAAUUUUUUUUUUAAAUAUGUAUAUGUGGAUAUAUUUGGAUUCAUUCCAGAAAUGAUCAUUCCAAAAUGCAAAUGAUCAGCUCACUUUUUUGUAUUAGUUAUGUUUUUAUACUGAUUCUUUCUGUGUAACAAGUCAAGCGCAUGUAUAGGUUUUGGGAAAGGCUAGUCUAUGUUUACAUUGUGUGGCUCUCCUCUCAGCUUUAUUUUAUACCCUCUGAUUUUUCUCUACAUUAAAACUGAAGGUGUUUCAUUAUUGCAGAUGCAGAUGUCAAGCGCAAGUGUCCAGUUUUAUCUAACCCGGUUGUAUGGUCCAUUUACAGAAUUGUUCCUUUAAGAAAAAUCUAUUGAAACAAUGAGUGUUGUCUGGUCUUGUGCUUGGUCCUGCAGUGGCUUGGCAUGUACAAUUCCUAGAGAAGUUAGUAGGAAUUUAGCAUGUGAAAGGACUCCAGGAUCUCUCCCUAAAACACCUUUGGUUUACGUGUGCUUUGCUCUUGUCUAGACCUUUGCUGCACUGUUUAAGAGGGAAUGGUUGGAACGUUCUGUUGCUGCAAACUGCUCUGUUCUUCGUCCUUCUCUUGGUCCAGGACCCUGCAAGCUAAUUUGUGCCUGGACCUGUAUGAACCCUGACUUGGGUUUCAUCUACUUGCGGAUCGCUUUGCAGGGUCAGUGCCUACAGCUGUCAGGCAGUGCAAAUUAAGGAGCAAAUUCAGCCUUCUUUGCAGCUCCACUGAUAACUUGUGGAGUUGUACCCGCUAUACCAGAUCUGAUUUGCUCUUGCAAUUGCAGCAAGUAACUAAAUAACCAGAUCUCGUGUCCUUACACACCGCACACUCCCACUGACUUGACGUGGAGUUUCAAGCGUGGAAGGGAUGUGGGUAUCACCUCAACAGUCGCUAAUGACUUCAGAGUGGUCUCAGUUUUCAGGAGCCCGACAUAAGGCACCUUGGAGGGGCUUGAUUUUGAGAGGAUGGGUGUGCAGCACUUCUAAAAAUCAGACCCUUUUAAAGGAGUCUUUCAUUGGGUGUCUCAAAGAAACAUGAGGAUCCUGCCAGCUCCAAUCACAUUUGAAAAUGUAGGCUGUAGAGCCUGAUCCUCACCGGUCAGCUUUUAACUGUUUCCACUGCCAUUAAGUGAAGCAAAACAGUGGAAGUGGGAGCCUAUUUCCAUCUUAAGGGUAGGUUACGACUUGAGGUUAUAUAGCCAACUGCGUUUUGUUUUCUAGUUUAGGCAUUUGGUUAUUACUAGUAUUUGUGCCUUGCUCACUGAAAUUUUCUCCAUGCUACAAGGAUGCUUUUCAGAUUCUGGCUGACAAGGGAACACAACUUUUCUACAAGUGGCCUUUAGUGCUCUUUAUAAUAUUAUUUAUUGUAAUUUUUAAACUGUACCUGUAAUUUAUAUUCUGGCACUGUCCAAUAUUUGAACAACUUUAAUAUGUUUAUUUCAAUAUAUUAUGCAAACAAUACUUCUUAACUGAUUUUUUUAUGUUCUGUCUUUAAAAACUG